AUGGAAAGAAAUAGUAUAGGAAGCUCUACAAAGGAUCAUUUCAACUCUGGCAAAUAAAAAUGAUGAAAUUCAGAACUUUAUUGAUACACUAAAUCAGACACUAAAAGGAGUUCAGGAAAAUUCUUCUAACAUACUUUCAGAGUUAGACGAAGAAUUUGAUAGUUUAUACACCAUAUUGGAUGAGGUAAAAGAAAGUAUGAUUAACAGUAUCAAGCAGGAACAAGCUCGUAAAUCACAAGAGUUACAGAAUCAGCUUAGUCAAUGUAAUAAUGCACUGGAGAACUCAGAAGAACUUCUAGAAUUUGCAACACGGUCAUUAGAUAUAAAGGAACCUGAAGAAUUUUCAAAGGCUGCCAGACAGAUCAAGGAUAGAGUAACCAUGGCUUCAGCCUUUCGCCUUUCUUUGAAACCAAAGGUCAGUGACAACAUGACUCAUUUAAUGGUGGAUUUUUCUCAGGAAAGACAGAUACUGCAAACAUUGAAGUUUUUGCCAGUCCCCAAAGCUCCAGAGAUAGAUCCAGUUGAGUGUUUGGUGGCUGACAACGCUGUAACGGUAGCUUGGAGAAUGCCAGAAGAAGAUAAUAAGAUUGAUCAUUUUAUACUGGAAUAUAGGAAAACUAAUUUUGAUGGACUUCCACGUGUAAAGGAUGAGCGAUGCUGGGAGAUAAUUGAUAAUAUUAAGGGUACUGAAUAUACCCUAUCAGGCUUAAAGUUUGAUUCAAAGUAUAUGAAUUUCAGAGUACGAGCUUGUAACAAGGCUGUGGCUGGAGAGUAUUCUGAUCCAGUUACUCUAGAGACCAAAGCACUUAACUUCAGUUUGGAUAAUUCAUCAUCCCAUUUGAACCUGAGAGUUGAAGAUACCUGUGUAGAGUGGGAUCCUACUGGAGGAAAAAGUCAAGAAAGUAAAAGUAAAGGGAAAGAGAACAAGGGCAGUGUCCAUGUUACUUCACUGAAGAAACAUACAAGAAGUGGUACACCAUCCCCUAAGCGGACGUCCACGGGCUCCAGGCCUCCAGCAGGACGGGGCAGCAGAGACCGUUUUACUGGGGAGUCGUACACAGUGCUAGGAGACACGGCUAUUGAAAGUGGACAACAUUAUUGGGAGGUCAAGGCCCAGAAGGAUUGUAAAUCCUACAGUGUGGGAGUAGCAUACAAGACUUUGGGGAAAUUUGACCAGUUAGGGAAGACAAACACUAGUUGGUGUAUCCAUGUCAAUAACUGGCUACAAAACACAUUUGCGGCAAAGCAUAAUAAUAAAGUCAAAUCUUUGGAUGUUGCUGUUCCUGAAAGAAUAGGUGUAUUUUGUGAUUUUGAUGGAGGUCAACUUUCUUUCUAUGAUGCAAACUCAAAACAGUUGUUGUAUUCCUUUAAGACAAAAUUUACACAGCCAGUACUACCUGGCUUCAUGGUUUGGUGUGGUGGACUUUCUUUGAAUACUGGGAUGCAGGUUCCAAGUGCUGUGAGAACACUUCAGAAAAGUGAAAAUGGAAUGACUGGUUCAGCUAGCAGCCUAAACAAUAUUACUCAGUAAUGCCUACUCGGAAUAUGUUUACCUUUUUGAUUGGGUGGCCUUUUCCGUGCAGUUACUAAUCACAGGAAUUUAUGAGUGGUGGAAAUCAGGUUGCGACAUUCUGCUUUAAGGCAUGGAAUCCGUUAGCAUUAAGCAUCUAGUACGAAGCAUUCACAGGAGUGGACUGUGCAGUAUCCAUAGAAGCAAGCAGACACCAAGCAAGAAACUCAUGUUUUGAAGAGUAAAUGGGAGAGAAGACAGUGUUUAAGUAGUUACAUAGAAACUCAUUUUGUGUUUCUUGGGUUUACUUUGGCUCUUCUAAUAUGUUUAGUUACAUAAGGUAGCCCUAGGGCCUGAGGGAAAAGCAUUUACAAUCUUGUCUUCUUUUCUCUAUACUUUUUAAAUGUCAUCACUACCUAUUAUUUAGUUCUUACACUGAAGCUUUAAAAAUAUACAGUCCUUUAUAGUUUUCUAAAAAUUGAAAUAAUCUAUUGAGGAUGCUAGAAAGGGUUUCUUAAAUUAGUUUAUUUCCCCCCUUUUAUAAAUAAGUUGAGGUUUGCUAAAUUGUCCUCUUUUGUUUAUUGACUAAAUUGUAAAUCAUUUUUUCCAAAUAUCAUGAUAUUUCUCUUAUGGUUAAAACUGAAAAUAGAGAGUGGAUAGGAAGAGUGUCUAGACAUAAUAGUUUAAAAUCACCCAAAUUUCAGUUUUUUACCUGCUGCACUAACAGUGGCAAAGGGAUAUUCUUUAUAUGUUGCCCUGUUUAAUUAGACUUCUUUUCAUUCCAUCAUUUUGGAUGAUGGGUAAGAUUUUCUAAAGCUUUAUAUUUUCUGAUUUUGUUGUCUUGUUUAAUACUACCUUUAAUAGUUAUCUUUGAUAAAAUUCCCACU